AUGAUAAUAGAUGUGACUCGCUUGUUACAAGCAUGCGGAAGGCGUAAAUGUGUUCCGGUGUUCCAUAUGAGUGGUGGUUUGCCCGGUUCGGUUCGAAACUACAGUUUAUCUGUGAAGUCGAGGACGUUGGCAAAAAUUGUAUCGAAAAAUGGGAGAUUGGGCCUAGCAGAACGUCCAUCUCUGUUUCGUGAGUCUCUAUUUCAUGGUAAAACGCUUUUGACUCCUAGGAGGCUCUUAGUGUUUGGUUCCCGGUCGUUUUCGGUUUCACAGAGAGUUCAACAAAGUCAGACGAAAGAUCAGACGAAAGAUCAGACGAAAAGUCAGGACAAGAAAAUCAAUGACGAAGAUGAACCCGAACCAGGUUAUGCCGAAGUAUUUCGACUUUUUCGUUUGGCCCGUCGUGACUGGAAAUUACUCGCUGUCGCGAUUGGACUGCUAACAAUUUCAUCGCUAGUGGGCAUGGCUGUGCCAAAAGUCAUCGGUAUGGUCUUGGACGCUACCAAGACGGCUCUUAGUGGUGACGAAAGGCCCAAGAGUCUCGACGAUUUGCCACCAAUUGCGUACGGACUCGGGCUAUACGAUUUUUUCGCCGUUUUCGCUGGUGCUUUGAUCUUAGGUACCGUCGCGAAUUUCGGCCGUGUUGUGCUUCUAAGAGUUUUAGGAGAGAAAUUGGUUGCCCGGUUACGUUCCAACACGAUUCGGAAAAUCAUACAUCAAGAUGCCGAGUUUUUCGAUCGUAAUAGAGUCGGGGAUUUGAUUUCAAGAUUGAGUUCGGACGCUUAUGUGGUUUCGAGAUCCAUGACCCAGAACAUCUCUGACGGUUUCAAAGCCAUCAUUUGCGGUGGUGUAGGUAUUGGAAUGAUGGUGCAUAUCUCGAGCGCACUCACCUCGGCUCUUCUCAUGUUCGCGCCUCCGUUGCUCAUUGGUGCUACAAUCUACGGUAAUAAAAUCAGAUCGAUCUCUAGAGAACUGCAACAAUCUACAGGCCAACUCACGAAGCUUUCGGAGGAGCAAUUAAACGGUGUAAAAACUGUUCAGUCGUUUGUUGCCGAAAAGAAAGAGCUUCGUAGGUAUGACGAGGCCAUUCGACAAGUGUUUAAAGUGGGAAAAAGAGAAGCAGUGACAAAUGCGACAUUUUUCAGUUCGACUGGCGUAUUGGGAGAUUUGAGUUUUAUGAUCGUUUUGGCGUAUGGAUCUCACCUUGUUCUCCAAGGUGGACUCAGUAUCGGUGAACUUACUGCUUUCAUGCUGUACACCGAAUACACAGGAUCUGCUGUCUUUGGUUUGUCAAAUUUCUAUUCAGAGUUGAUGAAAGGUGCAGGGGCCGCGUCCCGUUUAUUUGAAAUGACCGAUUCUGUUCCAAAAAUCCGUUCUAAUAAAGGCUUGCCAUACCAACCAGGAUCUGGACAUAUUGAGUUCGAUAACGUCUUGUUCAGCUAUCCAACAAGGCCCUCGAACGUAAUUUUCCAAGGUCUGAAUUUCAGCAUAGAACCGGGUUCCAACGUUUGCAUUGUGGGGCCUUCGGGCCGCGGUAAAUCGACCAUUGCGUCUUUACUUUUGAAAUACUACGCUCCUACAGAGGGUCGUAUCACUAUUGAUGGACAAGAUAUCUCGACUUUGAGUUGCAAGUCUCUGAGACGUUAUCUGGGUGUGGUCCAGCAAGAACCUAUGUUGAUGUCCGGUACCAUUCGAGACAACAUAACGUACGGAUUAGACCGCAAACCGACUAUAGACGAAAUUCGAUCCAUUUCAAAACAAUGUUUUUGCCAUUCGUUUAUUUCUAAGCUACCAGAAGGUUACGAUACGCCAAUAGGGCCUAGAGGUUCCUCAUUGAGUGGAGGUCAAAGACAGCGCAUAGCCAUAGCGCGAGCUUUGAUCAAGAAGCCCAAGAUAUUAAUUCUGGACGAAGCCACGUCUGCGUUAGACGUCGAAAGUGAAGGCGCUAUCAAUUACACGCUGGGUAAACUGAUGAGAAGUCGUGAAAUUACUAUUGUCAGCAUUGCACAUCGUUUGAGUACUAUACGGAGAUCUGAGAACAUUAUUGUUCUGGGAGACGACGGACGAGUGGUCGAAGUUGGCAAAUUCAAAGAUCUAUAUGCGGAUACCAAGAGCGCUCUGUACAAGCUUCUCCACGAAAAGGGAAGAGAAGCGAACCAAGCGUUCCGUUUACAGGAUUCACGCGCAGAGAACGCUGAUAGAGAAAAGAGACCGGACGAAACAGAGGACACAUCAGAAGUCAAUAAACUGCGAGAACAUCAAAUUCAAGAACAAGUCAAGAAAGAUGCCAUUUACGAUCAAGAAACUUCGUCUCUAAGGCCUUGA